AAGUGUAUAAUGCUCAUGUCUAACAGUCGUCAAAUACAUCCUCUUUCACGUAUUUAUAGCCCUUAGGCUUCUGAGCGCGGCACAACUGCUCUGUGAUGAAGGCAACUAUGACUGUCUUAUCUGGUAAGUGUGUGUGUCUGCCUGUGUGUGUGUGUGUGUGUGUGUGUGUGUGUGCGCGCGUGUGUGUGUGUGUGCAUGCCCAGGCUUGCAUAUGCCUAUUUAUGGGGUUUUUAAAAGGAUUUGUAGAGCUAGAUCAGAAAAGCAUAAACCAUAAACCAAUUGGAAUAGGAGACCAAAUUCCCACACUGAAUCCCACCCACAAAAACAGGCAAAUAUAAUGAGCCAAUCAGCAAUGACGAUGUAAAUGCGCUUUAUAAAUCAUAUAUUGAACAUUAUUCCAAUCAAAUGUACUUUCAUAAAUGACAAAUGUACAGUACAUGUAAAUUCUCAAAUGUUGCAAGUUAGCCAUGAAAUGUUAAAAAUGGGUGUUGUUGUUCCUUGCUUGAGGAGGUGUUACAUUCUCCCACUUUCUUUACAAAACAUUUUGUUAAUUUCAGGGGCCACCGACCUUAUCUUCUCAUACACAUCCUUUAAACAAAUACAGCCAUAAAUGCAUAUCAAUGUUGACACGACCGGUGCGCGUGCAGCGAUCGUACAUAUCCAACAGCUUCAGCCUUUUAAAAACUAUUUUACUGUAAAAUCGUCAAGGUGCUUUUCUUGGGGGUCAUGUGUGUAUUGUUUCCCCCUGAAAAUAACGCCCAAUUUGGCAGAACAAUCAAGUAAACCUUGAAGGCGCAUCAUUUUGUCUGGAAAGGUUUCCAUCGUUAGAACUCGCAACAGGACAAGCAACGAAAAGCAGCAGAAGCUGGGGAACGUUUUCUUGUUCAAAUAAAAACGGCCAAAUUGCGUUAAAUUGAUGUGAAAUGCAACGUUCUUCCAAACAUCUGAACGCGUAUUCAGAGCUAAAGCUAUCCUGUGGGAGGCGUAAAAACGCACGGACUCGGCUGACUUCACAAAUGAGACCCUCCCCCUUUCUCUCUCUCCCCCCCUGUUCUAAAUGACAGAUUGCCUGACACCGAAAAACAUUUUCAAAGGAUUCCCUGACAGCGGUGGCGAAACAGCUCUUUUGACGUCAGGAACAAUCAUCCGGGUCCCCACACUCCGCUCUUAUGGUAUUAUUUACUUUGCCAAGACCAGGGCGCUCGCGCUGGCUUAGUCGUUUUUUUAUACAUACAUAUAUGUAUUAUUAUAACGGGGGGGAGGAGGGUGUUUUGGAUUAUAUCCAGUUUAAUCUGGGACUGAUCUGUUGAUCUGAAAAAAGCGCGUGGAGAGCAAGGGAAUAUUCUGGUGCGACUAUCCAACUCUUUGCGGAUGAAUAUUUAAUGGAUCCGGAAUGGAGAUAGCCUUGGUGAGUUUUGAGAACGGCGGGGCCAAAGGGACCGGCGGCAGCAACAACGACGCCUGCUCGAACGCGCUGAAUCUCCCGCAGGCGCCCUUCGCACAAACCGGGCGCGGCGAGAGCUACGGAAAUGAGCUGAACGCUCUCGGUAGCCUGCAACGGGGCUCGUGGAAAAUAAACGACAUGAACAACACCUUCAGCAGCAGCGAGAAUGCCAUGGACGCGCUGCUGCGCGCGGAUCACAGCCCCCAUCUCUUUGACGAAGACAUGCUGGACAUGGAUUUAGACAACGAGAGCAACGAGAGGGUGCUGAUCAACAUCGCCGGUUUGAGGUUCGAGACGCAGUUGGGGACCCUGAAUCAGUUCCCGGACACUUUGUUGGGAGACCCCGACAAAAGGAUCAAGUACUUCGAUCCACUUCGCAACGAGUACUUCUUUGACCGCAACCGACCAAGUUUUGACGGAAUACUUUAUUUUUAUCAGUCGGGUGGAAAAAUCCGACGACCUGUCAAUGUGUCCAUCGACGUGUUUGCUGAUGAAAUUCGGUUCUACCAGCUCGGGGAGGAGGCGAUGGAAAGGUUCAGAGAAGACGAGGGCUUUAUUAAAGAUGAAGAGAAACCUUUGCCACAGAAUGAAUUCCAAAAACAGGUAUGGCUCAUUUUCGAGUACCCCGAAAGCUCGAGCCCCGCCAGAGGAAUCGCCAUCGUCUCCGUGCUGGUCAUUACCAUAUCAAUCAUCACUUUCUGCAUGGAGACGCUUCCCGAGUUCAGAGACGAGAGAGAACUGCCAGCCACCAGCAGACUGGACAACACCACCGAAACUCGGCCGUCUCACACCUUCUCCGACCCCUUCUUCAUCAUAGAAACCACCUGCGUGAUAUGGUUCACCUUCGAGCUUAUCGUGCGAUUUUUCGCUUGCCCGAGCAAGUCCGAGUUCUCCAAAACCCUCAUGAACAUCAUAGACAUUAUGGCUAUAAUGCCGUACUUUAUAACGGUGGGCACGGAGCUGGCCGAGCAGCAGGGGCAGGGCAACAACAGCGGGCAGCAGGCCAUGUCCCUGGCCAUUCUGAGGGUGAUUCGGCUGGUUCGUGUGUUCAGGAUAUUCAAACUGUCCCGACACUCGAAAGGACUGCAAAUUCUGGGGCAAACUCUGAAGGCCAGCAUGCGCGAGCUCGGACUCCUAAUCUUCUUCUUGUUCAUCGGGGUCAUCUUGUUCUCGAGCGCCGUGUACUUCGCAGAGGCAGACGAGCCCGAGUCCCACUUCUCCAGCAUCCCCGAUGCCUUCUGGUGGGCCGUUGUAACCAUGACAACUGUUGGUUAUGGAGACAUGAGACCUGUGACAGUUGGGGGCAAAAUCGUCGGCUCGCUGUGCGCGAUCGCGGGGGUUUUGACCAUCGCUCUGCCGGUUCCAGUAAUCGUGUCCAACUUCAAUUACUUUUAUCACAGAGAAACUGAUCAAGAUCAAUCGUCUUUAAAAGAGGAGCCCGCCAAUGAGAACGAGGGCCCCGGGGAGGAGCUAAAACGAAGCCGCAGCAAAUCUUCCCUAAAGUCCACAGAGGAUGUAGAAAAAAAUGAUGGGGCAAACACGCCGGUCGAAAAAGCGAACAUUAAAGCAAACAGCAACAUGGAUAUCAAAAGGUCCCUCUAUGCGCUUUGCUUAGACGCAAGGGAAACAGACUUAUAGGCUAUAGGCUUUAACGACCGUAUUCCGUUGGUCGCUGACUACUUUGACGAUUAAUAUGAAUAUACUCAUACUUAGAGUAAACUCUAACUUCAAUAAAUGUUUUUCAGCAAGUGAUCACAUUUUUGUUGCAACAAUGGCAAAUUUAAGCCUGAUACGCGUCCAAACCAACAUACCGAGAUUCGCCUAAUUAAUAAACGGCAAUUAGGCCAGUCUGCACAAACAUACACAGUAUUUUCACACCUCAGGAUCGCACCACAGUUGGGCCUAACGAUAAUUACAAACAAUAAUUAACCAGAAACACACCGCCGCGACGCGAAGGGAAAGGCGAUAGUGAUAGAUUACAGUAUGACCAGAAAUAAUUACUUGUGCGCUUAAGUUUAUCGUUGUGGGAUUAGGGUGUUGGAAGUCAGGCAGAACUGUCAUCGAUCUGUCGAGCAGGCCUUAAUGGAGUUGCAACGACAAACAGAAAAACAGCAGUGUGUAAAUAAAAUAAUUUAUUUUGUUUUUAUAUAUAUAAAAAUAGGAAAAAUCGAAUUGGUAUUUUAUGCUCAACGUUCUGUCGAUGUUGAUGUUCUGUUUAAUAUCGGAUUAAUUAUUACAUUCUUGAAGACGUGUAUAUAUUUUCCUAUAUCAUUUAGUCAUCGAUAUAAUCUAUGUAGGGAUUGAAAGAGCAACCCUGCUGGCGUAAACUAUACGUGCGACGUAGCUGUUCAAUUCUAUGAAACAGUUAAUUGUGGUGACAUGAUCUACUAUCCUUGUUUCCUCGCUUAUUUUUAAUAUCCGUGGAGAUAUAUCCUAUAUAUUUUUUAUUUCAAUUAUACAAUCACGUGUCAAUUGCUUUUUUUUGUGGGAAUUGAAACUUUACAUUGCAACACUUUUUUGAGAUUGCCAAGAGGACACUGAGGAGCUUUAUCAUAACGAACAUGGCGUUUAGGCGGGCUGCCCCGAGGUAAUCAGUACACUGUUUUAAUGCCCACCUCAAGAAAGUGGACCAGACGGCUGUAAAGCGAUGUCGGAAUACCAAUAGAAGAAAUUGUGGAGAUUCGUGGAAACUCAAUGGUGCACCGAAAGACUCCAAAAACUCACCAGAGAGCUUCGGUCGGGGGACUCACACUGACAGGUCCUACUACAGAUGCACUGGGAGUCAUCCACACCAGAGACGGGGUCCAGCUGAACACCACCAACACUCAAACUCGUGCCUUCGACCAAUUCACCACCAUUUCCUUUUUGUUUUUGCCAGCAAAACAAUGCGUUCUGGGUACUGACUGCCCUGAAAUGACUGACAGAAUUGUACUGACGCCCGUGGGGCUCCACCCACACUCUCGCAGGGCAGAAAGGGGCGUGGCUUCUAAGAUGCACAAACAUUCUAAAUUCCGGGCAUUCUGGCGAGCUCGUGUUGGGGAAAAAAAACAAAAAACCGAGCUCUUAACGCUCACUUAACACUGGCAAAAAGCCCCUCUCUGUACUACAUCAGUCAGCUACUAAUGUGAAGACGUUGUGGGGAAGCAGACUGUUGGACAACUGCGCAGUUCAUUUAUUUUUGUAACACUGUUUUUCCUAACUUCUAUUUUUCUAAAAAGUUUUUAAAAAAUACAACCCACCUACAGAAGAGGAAAAAUGAAGAACACUGACUGAAAAUGCGGGGAAGCACACUCACAUUUCAAAUCAAGGUGGCAGAACAAACGAGAUGUUUUCUGUCUACUGUAAAAGCUUCCCAGCUUUUUUGCCGAGGCCCCAGGCCUCCUGUGCACAUGGAGGAUUGGGGGUGGGGGGGAGAAUGUCCUGUGCCAGUUGGUUAAGAGCACAAAGAUCCCGUCGUCACAAAUACCUUCGACCUGCAGUUUGCUGUGGGGUAGGCGUUGGCUACGUGCAGUGGUUUUGUUUCUACAUUUGAAUAGAAGGAAUCUACUGAAUCUGUCGGCCAUUUUGAAAAGGCUGAAACCUUCUCUGUACCUUAACGUGGCCUGUUCAUUGUUGUUUAGACAUCUCCUGCAUAUCGAGCAUUGCUCUGUCUAUGUGUGUAUGUAUUUAUGUGUGUCUGAGUGUACGUGACUGAAUGGGAGUUUCCAUAUACUAUACAGUUCAAUACCUCAUCUUUUGCCUCAACAUUUUCCCCUCUGAUUGAGUGUAAGAAGAGUGCAUCCCUGUGGCUGCUGUCCCUACACAGAGCACACCGACAGCAGGCUGCCUGAGGGUAAAGCCAUACACCCUCCUCUGACGAGAUCGCCUGGCUUCGAAUUGGAUCUUUUAAUCUGAUUGGUCAUCGCAUCGUGUUCCCUGUCUUUCCGGCUGCUCCACCGGCUUUCCUCGCAUCGCCAGCUAUCCCAGCAUGCCUUGCGGACACGAAAAAUCUGCUCCCAUUGAAAUGAAUUGAGGUGAUUACAAAGUCACUUGUCAGAGGAUGUGUGGCUUUACCCUUAUAAUCUACUUUGCCUAAAUGAGGUAAAUUGUGUCUAAAACAAAUCACUAAAUAUCUUAAUCCUCUUCAUAUAACUGGUGCAGGCCUAAGUCACAUGAUCUCUUCCUCUUUGCCCAUUGGCCCUGAGUUUAAAUAUUCACCACUAUUUUAUCAGAGGGAAGAACGCUCACCUCAAAUUAUAGGUUCCUGUACAAAGGGACUCCCACACUUUACCGUAUGUCCACACAUCCUGAUGAACUACAUUCAUCUGCCAAUCGUGAUAUCAGAACUACAGCCCACAUGACUCAGUUUAAAAAUAUGCAGUUUGAGGGAACACUCAGAGGUGACAGCAUCUAGUCUGGGUCUGUGUCCUCUCACAGGCAGAUUUUUAACACGUGCUCAGGUACUAGUUAUUCUACAGACAGAGGAAGUACCCCCCACAUAUAAACGUACGUUCGACGCAUCCUCAGGGGAUGUCACAAGAGAACAAAACUGGACACUGCGAUCAGAAAGAAACGAAAAAACCACCAAACCACCAAAAGGUGUCUCAUCAGAGAAGGGAGCACAUAUGAGCUGCAGAAAGAGUGCAUAAGGUCCACUGAUGGCCCAUUGUUGAACUGAUGGCUGUAUUUUGAAAAAGACUUCGCCUAAACCAGCCCACCUACCUCUGUUCUUAAGGACUACCUUGUCAUCAUUUUCCCCAAAUGAAAGUUGCCAAAUUGGCAUGAAGCCAAACUUUGGACGUUCUUGUAAUUUUCAGGUUUAGGUGUUUCACAUGUGAAACCUCCUCCCUUUAAUGUGACCUUGUGGGGUUUUGUUGAAAAAUUUUAAAAUAAAACAUGUUACUAAAAUGUUGAAAUCUUCAAAAAAAAUAAAAACACUAAGACAUG